ACCGCGGUUGUUGCACUUGGAGAUGAAGAAUUGCAUUUAGUUGCGAUGACUUCCAGAAGAAACUUGGCAAAUCAUGCAUGUUUCUGGGGCUACAAGUUGCCAUUUGGUUUGUAUAAUUCUUGCUUGACCAUGUUAAAUCUACGGUGCCUUGCCAUUUUGAGGUCUAUGUGUGUACGAUGGCUGAAAGAGACUAUGCUUUAGAAAUGUGGAGAUUGCUUGAUCCAGAUUCAAGAUUAAUUAAUUCUGUUCAACUUCAUGAUAGGAUGGUGUGCGUAAAAUCUGGUUUAAAGAAGUCCUUGCUAAAUGUCUUCCAUGAUGGUUCUUGUCAUCCUGGUAUGGCAUUAGUAAUUGAUGAUCGUCUGAAAGUUUGGGAUGAGAAGGAUCAAUUACGAGUUCAUGUGGUUCCUGCAUUUACUCCAUAUUAUGCUCCACAGGCAGAGGCAAAUUGUUCUAUCCCGGUUCUUUGUGUAGCCAGAAACGUUGCAUGCAAUGUUAGGGGUGGUUUCUUCAAGUAAGAUUACCUUUUUUUAAUCUGAUUGUAGUGUUCAUUUGUUUGCAUUUUGCUGUCAACCUAAUACUUCUGCUACGAGACUCCCUCAUCAGCUUCUAAUCUCAACGAACAGCCACUGCCAUGGACUUGUACAUCUCGACAGUAAGGCCUUGGCGACCAUCCCGGCGCACGCGAGGUCGAAGAUGAGCAUGUUGUAGGUGACGAGCUUGGGGUUGACGCCAUCGCUCCUCAU